AUGUCAGAACGUACAAAUUCCAUUCAACAGAAGUAUCUACCGUCUCGCAAACGUCCGUGGGCCAGAUAUGGGUUCCGUAUGGACGAGACAAUUGGCGCAGGACGGAGCGCAUACAUGGACGUCCAAUUGAAAGGACCCGACGAUGAACUCGAAGAAAAGGCUCCGAUCCCCAUAACCACAGACGCUAAGCCUAAGCUUCAUAUGGUAGGAGCUAAGGCGCCUAAACGCCGCACACCACCGCAACUAGUGGGACUUAAACAGCAGGAGCGCAAGCCCUCUUGUCGGAAGGUCGAAAGGUUCAUGGACAGAUCGGACAAAUCCUGCAACCAGCAGUCUAUCCGUCUCAAGCAAGGUAUUAAGUGGACAGGUCAGCUGCACAUGCGUGAGCAGUUCGACCACUACACCAGAAAGGCGACACUGGUUAAUGCUGACCGGGGCUGGGAUGCAAUGGAACCGCAUAAAUCACUAAAGCAAUUUUAG